CUCGUUAUGUUGCUGACUGUCUUCUUGCUCAUUUAUUUCUUCUGUAAGACUGGGGGAACUGAUGAUAGACGUGAAGUUUAUUUUCAACCCAGUAAACUUGUCUUGGGACAAGGUGAAUCUGAGUUGAUAAAAGUAGGAUUCGAUCAUCCAGUUAGCUAUUUUGUUGACAUCAAACUAAGUUACUGGGAUGGAAGCGGCACUAUGAUUUCACCAGAAGAUAUGCAUCGUGCAGCCAUUCAACCUGUAUCUGACUUCACCAUAGAAGGUUGCAAGAAGAACCCUCUAUGGUCAAUAUAAUAGCUAACUUUCCUGGUCACAUAUAUUUAAAAAUAAGACCACCUGAAGAUGUCGUUAUUGUGAACCAAGAAACAGCUGUUUGUCGAAUAUCUGUUGUACGUAGUCGUUGGUUGGGAAUGCUUCAGAUGUUUCUUGGUUGGCUCUACUUUGCUGCUUGGACUGUUUCAUUCUACCCCCAACUUUUUUUGAACUGGAAAAGAAAAAGUGUGGUUGGAUUUAAUUUUGACUUUGCUGUGUUGAAUGUGAUUGGAUUCCUCUACUAUAGUAUCUAUAAUGUUGGAUUAUUUUGGAUUCCACUUAUACAGGAGCAGUAUUUACAAAGAAAUCCUUUGAGUACAAUACCUGUUCAGAUAAAUGAUUUAGUAUUCGCAUUUCAUGCACUGGCCAUAUCAUUACUCACAGCCUUUCAGAUUCUGAUUUACGAGCGUGGUAAUCAACGUGUUUCAAUUAUGUGUAUAACACUGAUUGUACUGAUUGCAAUUUAUUCAGUGAUUGUUUGUGCAUUGGGUGGAGCCAGUGUUAUAAAAUGGUUGGAUACCUUCUACUUGUUAUCUCAUGUCAAAUUGUUGAUUUCAUUUGUCAAGUAUACACCACAGGCUUUUAUGAAUUUCCGUCGAAAAAGUACAGUUGGAUGGAGUAUAGGUAAUAUUGUACUAGAUUUCAGUGGUGGAGUACUUAGCAUUGCUCAAAUGGUUACCAUAGCUUAUAACUACAAUGACAUCAGUAGCAUUACUGGAUCCCCAGUAAAACUUGGCUUGGGUAUACUAUCCAUCGCAUUUGAUAUUCUGUUUAUGGUUCAACACUGGAUUCUGUACCGUUCAUCAUCAAAUCCUGAACAGUCUGUGACGCUAGUUGACAAAGAAAAAGAAGGUCAAUCAAUUAUGGAACAGGAAUAGUAUGGUGAAGUAUAAGUGUGUGUGUGUAUGUGCAUGAAAAAGCCAUUGAUUUCCAAGUGCAACUGACAAUCAAUUAAUUUUCUUUGCCUAUAUAUUUCCCUCAUAUUUCUAUUUAUUUUUACUAUGGAUAACUUUUUUAGGUGUGAAUCUCCUUAGAUUAUCUUCUUCAUAAAUGAAUGAGAUUUGUUUUGAUUAUCAUUAUUUUCUUAUACAAUAUCUAAGUGAAUAGAAAAGUGACAAGAUCAAAAGUUACUUUUCUACUGUUUAGUACAAAUUUGAUAUGAUUUGAAAGAUGUUUACUUAUUUUCACGUAUUUUGAUUUGAAAUAUGUAAAAUCAUGUUGGCUAAAAUUUCUUUGAAAUUACCUAAUUUUUUAUGAACUUUGGAAGAAAAGUAAACUGUUUGCAUAGAAAAAUGAAGUUCACAUUUUGCUUUCUCUCAGUAGUCGUCAAUUGUGAAAUGGUUGAUUCUACACGCAUACACUGGGAAUGUUUUUGUCAGCAUUAUGUUAGCGAUUGGAGUAUCAUUUAAAAUCAGAAGUCAGUGGAGAUUUGUUCUGCUUAACUCUGAAAUAUCUUGGUGAUACAAAUGGAUAUUGUUUUAUGAUUAUGAAUGUCUACUAUGAG